ACCAAUGGAGAAAAAAUGGUUUCUCCUCCACAUCCUCUCACUCACAAUCUUAUCGCUAUCAUAUUUCUCAAGCUCCGUUUGGGCAUUCCGGCCCUGUGGAAACUGUGGUCGGACUCCAGUACCGUAUCCACUGAGCACGGAACCCGAUUGCGGAGACCCGUGGUACAAAAUGCGGUGCACUGCCGGGACACUUUGGCUCGACGCUCUAAACGGGUCGUCUUACCCGAUCAUGUCCAUCGACACGUUAACCCAGCGGAUAGUGAUCCGACCCGCCGGACUCUCCGGGAGCAAUACUUGCAUCUCCGAAGACUUUGAGAGCCAAGGGAUCCACCUCGACGAGAACCAUCCGUUCAAAAUUACCGGCAGCAACACCGUCUUCCUUUUGAACUGUACGGACACCAUUCUGAAUCUUCGGGCGCCGAUAAACUGCUCGGCGACGCGCGUUUGCCACGACUACAUCAAGGACAACGCGGUGGCUUGCAAGACGACGUCGUUGUGCUGCACGUUCAGGACGGGUGGGUCCCAGAACCCUUACUUUGUUGGGGUCCACGGUGGAGGGUGCACGGCGUAUCAGAGCUUUGUGAACUUUGAUCAGACAGCUGCUCUGAAGAAGUGGCCCAGCCCAGGGUUGGAGUUGGAGUGGGUUUUGCCGCUGGAGCCCACUUGUAAAAGGCCGAUGGAUUGUACGGAGUUGCUGAAUUCCAAGUGUUUGGUUAAUCCGUUUAGUGUUGGACAGAUGAGGUGUUUCUGUAACGCUGGUUCUAGGUGGGACCCCAUCAAUGGGUUAUGCCAAAAAAUGCAGUGUAAGCAUGGAUCAAAGGGCUGCAAAAUCAGAAAGAAAAAAACCAAGCUCAUUGGAGUUAUGGCUAUGGCUGUCUCUGCUGGACUAGCGCUACUACUAAUCCUCAUAAUUGGAAUUCUACUCUACAAAAAACACCACCGAUCCAACUUACAAAGACAAGCACAGAAAAGUCUAAUAAAAGAGAGAGAACAAAUACUAAACUCCAAAAGCAGUGGCAAAUCAACCAGGAUUUUCACAGGCAAAGAGAUAACAAAGGCAACAAACAACUUCUCCAAGGCCAACCUCAUCGGCUCCGGAGGCUUCGGCGAGGUAUUCAAAGCAGUUUUCGACGACGGAAUCACCACCGCAAUCAAACGAGCUAAGCUAGGAAACACAAAGGGCAUGGACCAAAUCCUAAAUGAAGUCAGAAUUCUCUGUCAAGUGAACCAUAAGAGCCUUGUUCGACUACUUGGCUGCUGUGUUGAGCUCGAGCAACCGCUCUUGAUCUACGAGUACAUACCCAAUGGAACUCUUUUCGAUCAUCUCCAUCGACACCAUUCAUCGAAUAGGGCACCACUCAGCUGGAUCCACCGGCUACGGAUCGCUCAUCAGACGGCUGAAGGCCUUGCUUAUCUUCACUCGUCGGCAGUGCCUCCGAUUUACCAUAGAGACAUCAAGUCCAGCAACAUUCUUCUCGACGAGAAACUCGACGCCAAGGUUUCGGAUUUCGGGCUAUCGAGGUUGGUAGAGAAAACAGAAACAAACAACAGCCACAUUUUCACUUGUGCUCAGGGUACCCUUGGAUAUCUUGACCCUGAUUAUUAUCGGAAUUUUCAACUUACCGAUAAGAGCGAUGUUUAUAGCUUUGGAGUAGUUCUGUUGGAGCUUCUUACUUCCAUGAAAGCUAUUGAUUUCAAUAGGGAAGAAGAAGAUGUGAACUUGGCGGUUUACAUGAAGAAGAUAAUAAUGGAAGAGAGAUUGAUGGAAGCUGUAGACCCAGUGCUUAAGGGGAGAAGUAGUAAGUUGGAAAUGGAGACAAUGAAAGCACUGGGGUCUUUAGCAGCUUCUUGUUUGGAUGAUCAGAGACAAAAUCGACCUUCCAUGAAAGAGGUUGCUCAUGAGAUUGAGCAUAUUAUUAGUAUUGCUACUACCAGUUAG